AUGCUGGUGCUUCCAGGUUCCUCUUCUGUCUCAAAACCGAAGCUCGAGACACUCCUAGGAAGCAUCCAACAAAAAUGUGCAAGGAUCGCGUCCGUUGACGCUGUCUGGCUUCAUCUCGUUCAAUGCAAAGGCUCUCAGCAAGAGGAGGACCUCAGGAAUAUCACUUCCAACUAUAAAUCUUUGCUUGAUCGCCUCUUGACAUACGGCGAUUACUCUUCUUUCCCCGGAACGUUGGACGCGAUCGCACAGGCAAAAAAUGUGGCUUACGUCCUACCAAGGCCAGGAUCCGUUUCACCGUGGUCGAGCAAGGCCACAGAUAUCGCUAUUCUGUGCAGACUGGACGGUCAUGUGGAGAGGAUUGAGCGGGGCAACGUGUUUGUGUUCACGACAAGGGACGGACAGGCUAUCACAGAACAGGAGGUCGCGACGUUCUCUCACCUGCUUCACGACCGUAUGACACAGUCUAUCGGGCUUUCACCACCCGUUGAAUCCCAAAUAUUCUUCCACAAUGAGCCCAAGCCUCUCCGCAUCGUCGAUCUCCAAUCCGCCUCGGAUGCUAAAGCCAAACUGGUCUCAGCGAACGUCGAGUUGGGACUGGCGUUGGCCCCCGCAGAGAUUGACUAUCUCAUUGACGCGUACGCCACGAUGGGUCGUGACCCUACCGACGCCGAACUGUUCAUGUUCGCGCAGGUCAACUCGGAACAUUGUCGCCAUAAAAUUUUCAAUGCUUCAUGGACUAUUGAUGACAAUCUGCGCUCUAACUCACUGUUCCAAAUGAUUCGCAACACCGAGAAGAUCAGCAGCAAAGGGACGAUCUCUGCCUACUCUGACAACGCAGCUGUGCUCGAAGGACAUUCGGCCCCUCGAUUCAGUGCUUCUACUUCUGAUCAUGUCUACGGAGCCAAGAAAGAAGAUAUGCCCAUCCUCAUCAAAGUGGAAACCCAUAACCAUCCUACUGCGGUAUCUCCCUAUCCUGGCGCAGCUACCGGUUCAGGUGGCGAGAUUCGCGACGAAGGUGCUGUCGGACGGGGAUCAAAACCAAAAGCUGGCCUUGCUGGAUUUACCGUCUCCAAUCUUCUCAUUCCUGGCUUCGAGCAGCCUUGGGAAACCGAUUUCGGCCGCCCUACGCACAUCGCCUCAGCGCUUGACAUCAUGAUCGAAGGACCCUUGGGAGCUAGCGCGUUCAACAACGAGUUCGGGCGACCAGCGUUGACGGGCUACUUCCGCACUUUCUCGGAGAGCGUCCCCCUCUCCCUCGAUGGCCAAGAGCGCGAGGUUAGAGGGUAUCACAAACCCAUCAUGAUCGCCGGAGGAUACGGAAACGUUCGUCCACAAUUUUCAAAGAAGACGGGAAUCAAGGCUGGUUCGAAGAUCGUCGUGCUGGGAGGUCCAGGUCUGCUCAUCGGCUUGGGAGGAGGUGCUGCUUCCAGCCAGGUUUCUGGUGCGAGUUCAGCCGAGCUCGAUUUUGCCUCGGUACAGAGGGACAAUGCAGAGAUGCAACGUCGGUGUCAACAAGUCAUCGACGCGUGCGUGAGCGCCGAGGUCAAUCCGAUCGAGAGUAUCCACGACGUCGGCGCUGGAGGGCUGUCCAAUGCUCUUCCUGAGUUGGUGCAUGACUCGGAUUUGGGCGCGAUUUUCGAGAUUAGAGAUGUUCUCGUGGCGGACUCGUCGAUGUCCCCUAUGGAGAUCUGGUGUAACGAGAGCCAGGAACGGUAUGUUUUGGCUGUCGCCAACGACCGCGUUGACGACUUUGUGGCGAUUGCAAAGAGGGAGAGAUGUCCGUUCUCCAUCGUCGGUGUCGCGACUGAGGAACAGGAGCUCAUCGUUACGGACCGUUUGCUCAAGAAAGACGUCAUUAGGCUGAAGAUGUCGACUCUUUUUGGAAAGGCGCCAAAAAUGCAGAGGCGGGACACCACACGCAAAAUUGAUCGCGCAGAGUUUGAUUCUUCCCUCGUCACAUUGCUUCCCGAUGUCGCCCACCUCUCAGAGCGUCUUCCUCAGGCUGUGGAACGAGUUCUUCGUCUUCCCUCUGUAGGCUCCAAGUCUUUCCUCAUCACCAUUGGCGACCGCACAAUCACGGGUCUUGUCACAAGAGACCAGAUGGUGGGCCCGUGGCAAGUUCCUGUCGCUGACGUCGCCGUCACCCGCUCUUCAUAUGGCUUUGAUGUUCAAUGUGGAGAGGCUAUGGCCAUGGGUGAACGCACUCCUCUUGCAUUGCUAAACGCGGGUGCUUCCGCUAGGAUGGCCGUCGCAGAAUCUCUUACCAACCUCGUCGCUGCUCAUGUUGGAGACAUCUCCAAUAUUAAACUGAGUGCCAACUGGAUGUGCGCCGCUUCGAAGGAAGGCGAAGGUGCUGCGUUGUAUGAGGCUGUCCAAGCUAUCGGUAUGGAUCUGUGCCCUGCUUUGGGUGUCGGAAUCCCCGUGGGCAAGGAUUCCAUGUCGAUGUCUAUGAAAUGGCGCGAGGGAACCCAGCAGAAGGAAGUCAGCGCGCCUUUGUCGUUGAUCAUUACGGCCUUCUCUCCCGUUACCGACAUUCGCAACACGUGGACUCCCCAGAUCCGCACCGACAUUGGCGAACCAACAAGUCUCGUCUUCUUUGACCUUGCCCAUGGGAAGCAGCGCCUGGGUGGAUCGGCGCUGGCGCAAGUCUUCAAAGAGAUUGGUGCUGAAGCACCCGAUGUCGAGGACCCCGCCGUCCUCAAGGCCUUCUUCACUGCGUGCCAGAAUAUCAAAGCGAACCAUCCAGAUUUGGUUUUGGCCUAUCACGAUCGUUCCGAUGGUGGGCUGUUCACCACCAUCGCCGAGAUGGCUUUCGCUGGUCGUGUUGGCGUUGAAGUUUCUCUUGAUGCUGUUCACUCUACUCGUGAUCCUAUUUCAACUUUGUUCAACGAGGAGUUGGGCGCUGUCGUCCAAGUCCGUCAGUCGCAGCUCGAUGAACUUAUCGCUGCUUUCAACAAUGCGAAUUUCCCUUCCACUUCCAUCCAUGUCAUCGCCAGUGUGAAAUCACCAUCUGACGAGACGAUCACAAUAAUCUAUCAAGGCCAGAACUUUUACAGCGCACAGAGGGCUGACCUCCAGAAGCUAUGGUCUGAAACCUCGUUCAGAAUGCAAUCCAUUCGAGACAACGCCACUGGUGCUGCCCAGGAAUACGCUCUCAUCAGCGAUAAGUCGCAUACUGGUCUCUUCUAUGAUUUGACGUUUACUCCCUCGCCCAUGCCCAAUUUCGUCAGCCGCCCAAAGGUCGCUAUUCUGCGCGAGCAAGGUGUCAACGGUCAGGUGGAAAUGGCGUGGUCGUUCACCGCUGCUGGCUUUGACGCCGUUGACGUCCACAUGUCGGAUAUUCUCAGCGGCAAGGUCAGUCUCGUCGGUUUCAGAGGUCUCGCUGCAUGCGGUGGGUUUUCGUACGGAGAUGUUCUCGGAGCUGGCAAGGGAUGGGCUAACUCUGCGCUGCUCAACGAAGUCGCACGUCGUGAGUUUGCCGAUUUCUUUGCCAACGAAAGUACAUUCGCCCUGGCAGUGUGCAAUGGUUGUCAGUUCCUCAGCCACCUGCGCGAGAUCAUCCCUGGGACGGAGAACUGGCCCGAGUUUAAACCUAACCAGAGCGAGCGCUUUGAAGGUCGUGUGUCUAUGGUGGAGAUCGUCGAGAACGACAUCACCCGCAAAUCCGUAUUUUUGUCUGAUAUGGCUGGAUCGAAGCUGCCUGUAGCCGUCGCUCAUGGAGAAGGAAGGGCGGCAUUCGCAAACGAUACGCAGAAGGAUUCUCUGCAUGCGGAUGGCCUCGUUGCUAUCCGGUAUAUCGACUCUCAGGGGCGACCUACAGAAGUGUACCCCUUGAAUCCAAAUGGAAGUCCAGCUGGGGUUACUGGAGUGCAGACGCCGAACGGGCGUGUUCUAGCUAUGAUGCCUCACCCAGAGCGUGUGGCAGCUAUGGAGAGCAACAGUUGGUAUCCCCAGUCGUUGAAGGAAUCUUGGAAGGGAACGGAACGCGAGGAGAUGGUGCAAUUAAAAUGCCAUGAUCCCACUCAUUUCAAUAUGAGCGGUACAUCAUAUUCUGUCCUUUUUCCUGUCGAACAACCUCCACGGGAAUCAGGAUGCGGCUCGUUCUCUAGUAAAGACUAUUGGGCUUCUCCAUUCGUGGGGUCUCUGGAAGGCUUGCAACCCGACAGUUUUGCAUCAAGUCUCAGAAAGCUCCCUUCAAGCCGAGACGAAAUUUUCCACGUCAUAGAGAAUUCAGACACGGAGUGGCCGUCGCUAUUAGACUUUGUGGAGAAGUACUCAGCCCUGAUUUCCUCUCGUGCCCAACACGUACAAGGACUCAAUAGGAAGAUUCAGGACUUCAUUGAUACUAAAGUCUAUGAAGCAAAACUUCCGGCUUAUUGGGGGAAUCUGAUAUCGAAUAAUGCCUCGACGUCUGUCAGACAUGGUUACACGCGAGAGGAGAUUGAUGAAGCUUUCUUAUACCUCGAACUUGAGGUGCGAGAUAUGGGAAAGUUCUGUGCUGCAUUUGCUCAAUUCUUUCAGCCUGGCCGUGUAGAAAAUUUAAAACCGAUAUCAAUAGCAGACCAAAUGAUACCCCUCAUUGUCACAAUCGCAAAAGAUGGCAAGGAAUGUGACCUUAUUGUGAAAGAUUAUUAUGCUUCCAAAGUUAAACGGUCUUUGUAUAUCAUCAUGGGCCAUCAAACUCAACUCUCACAGACUCCAGCUACAGCUUUCUCUGGCAGCUUACUUAUCCUUGAGGUCGUUUGA